CGCCUUGGACUCCCCAAGACCAACACUCCAGCCUUCAGCCCUCCACUACUACCCAAUUCAAGAAGAAAGCACAGUACAAAAUGGCAAAGAAAACCCAAAAUGACCUCGAAAAUUCCGACCCGCUUCCAAACUCCGGUGUUGUUGAGUGGCCCUGUAAACCCACUGCUGAAUCGUCAGGCUGGCCUUCCAGCUGGCCAAAUGACAGUUCAAAAUCAAAGUUACAAACCCCUUUGCCCACCGCCGAAGACGAGGCCGCGAACAAGGCUCAACUUCCGGCAUUGCUCGCUAUUUCCGAAUAUUUGAAGUCUACACUCACCCUAGACGACGAUGAAGAUGAUUUCUCCGAGUAUAUAACUGACGACGAGGAUGAUUUCGACAGUGAAGAUGAGGAGGAAGAGGGUUUUAAAGACUACGAUUUUUUCGUGAAAUUGUUCAAGGAAGAUGAUGGUUUGAGAGAGUACUAUGAGACAAAUCGUGAUAAUGGAGAGUUUUGUUGUCUUGUGUGUUGUGGGGUGCGUGAGAAAGGGUGGAAGAGGUUUAAGAAUUGCGGGGCUCUUGUUCAGCAUGCCGUAUCCAUUGCUAAGACCAAGAAGAGGCGGGCUCAUCGGGCUUAUUGUCAGGUCGUUUGUGAAAUUCUUGGUUGGGACGUUAAUCGCCUUCCCUCCAUUGUCCUUUCUGCAUGUGAUAAACCGGUUAAGGCUGAGGGGAAUGCAGAUGAUGAUGGCGGUGAAGAUUGUUUGAGUGGUCAAUGCAAAACCACAAAUUCUGUAAGUAUCAGCAAUACUGAGGAGUCUCUGUCGAAAUUGUCUUUGAUUAAUGAAAGCCAACAAGGUAAAGGUGCUGGCUCUACAGACUUAGAGUACAAUUCUCCAAGUGAAGCCACUGCCAAAAGCUUGGAAGAUCUAAGCAAAGGUAUUCCUGAAACAACCAAAGACAAUGAGGAGGGAGUCUUUAACUUUCUGGGGAAUACUGUGAGCAAAGACAGUGCUGAUGGACUCUUGGAAGAUCUCAGCUGUCUAAGUCUCGAAACACUGAAAGUGAAUGCAGAGAUUGCAUCCAAUUGGGUGGAACCUUCCAAAGAGUGGCCAGUUGUUGCAAAUGAAGAAAAAGAGAGUCAGGAGGAUGAUAAUGUUCAUAAAUGACAGGAGUUGCUAUAUAGAAGACAUGUGAUGCAAGGUGGAAUGGUUUUAAUGUCUCAAGUUGCUGUAUGCAUUUGAGAUGUCUUGUUCUAGGUCAUGUCGUAAUGAUGUCUACUUUUGCUAGUUUAGAUGAAUGUAGUUGGGAGGAUAGGUUUUGUAUGUAGAUGGAAAAUCUUUGUUAGAUGAACAAGUCAGUGAUCUAGGUUAACCACUUAUGUAAGAAUGACACCCUAGUUGUUUCUUUUAUAUCCAUCCUUAUGUUGACAUUGACAACAAUUGAUCUAAAUGCUUCGGUGCUUUAAUGAUGGAACAUUUGUACUUUGGCAGGCCU